UUUGGAUUUUUCUUUUACACGCGGCGUUAGACUAAAGAGGGUUAAGUUCGUGUUUGCUGCGCGACUAAAAUAAUUUUGAACAUAAAUUAAUGCAUUGAAAGUGGAAAAUGUUUGUGUUAUAUGAAACCCCGGCAGGCUACGCUAUUUUUAAACUGCUCGACGAAAAGAAACUCGAGCAGGUCGAUAAUUUGUACUUGGAAUUUGAGACACCUGAAAAGGCGAACAAGUUGCUGAAAUUGAAGCAUUUUGAAAAAUUCAAUGACACCACAGAAGCGCUUGCUGCGGCCACUGCAGCCGUAGAGGGCAAAGUAUCCAAGCCACUAAAGAAGACACUGAAAAAGCUGCUUGUCGAUGAUGUGCAGGCAUCCCUAUUGGUGGCGGAUGCCAAACUGGGCACAGCCAUCAAAGAUAAGCUGUCGGUUCAAUGUGUCUACAAUACGGGCGUGCAAGAGUUGAUGCGUUGCAUACGCCAGCAGGCGGAUAGUCUCCUGGGUGGCCUGCCUAAGCGAGAGAUGACAGCUAUGGCUCUGGGUUUGGCCCAUUCGCUCUCCCGCUACAAGCUGAAGUUCUCGCCGGACAAGAUUGAUACGAUGAUUGUGCAGGCGCAAUGCUUGCUGGAUGACCUGGACAAAGAGCUUAACAAUUAUAUGAUGCGCGCCCGUGAAUGGUAUGGCUGGCACUUCCCAGAGCUGGGCAAGCUGAUAACCGACAAUAUUGCCUUUGUCAAGACAAUCAAACUGGUAGGCACAAGGGACAAUAUGGCGACAGCUGAUUUGUCUGACAUACUGCCCGAAGAUGUGGAGCAGCAGGUUAAAGAGGCAGCCGAAAUUUCAAUGGGCACUGAGAUCAGCGACGAGGAUGUGCUUAACAUCCAGUGUCUGUGUGACGAGAUCAUUUCCAUCAAUGACUAUCGCAUUCAUCUCUAUGACUACCUAAAGGCUCGUAUGAUGGCAAUGGCACCCAAUCUGACGGUACUUGUUGGCGACACAGUUGGUGCCCGUCUUAUUGCGCAUGCUGGUUCGCUCAUCAAUCUAGCCAAGCAUCCCUCGUCCACGGUCCAGAUAUUGGGCGCUGAGAAGGCGCUCUUCCGUGCCCUGAAAACAAAGAAAGAUACGCCGAAGUAUGGUCUCAUCUAUCAUGCACAACUGGUGGGUCAAGCGAGUCAGAAGAAUAAAGGCAAGAUGUCGCGUUCUCUGGCGGCGAAGGCGUCACUGGCUACACGAGUCGAUGCAUUCGGCGAGGAGGCGUCCUUUGAGCUGGGCGCCACACACAAAGUCAAGCUGGAGACGCGAUUGCGUCUGUUAGAGGAAGGCAAUCUGCGGAAGCUGUCCGGCACCGGCAAGGCACAGGCUAAGUUCGAGAAAUAUCAGGCCAAGAGCGAGGUAUUUACCUAUCAGCCGGAGGCGGAUAACACGUUGCAUGUGAAGAAGCGCAAACAUUCAGAAAUUGAAACACCCGUCAAGCAGGAGCCGCAGGCGGAGGAGGAGGAGCCAGCAACUCCUGUUGCUGCUGCUGCUGCUGCUGAUGAGACAGAAAGUAAAUCUGAAAAGAAAAAGAAGAAGAAGAAGAAGGCAAAGGGCGAAGAAGCACCCGAAACAACAGCAGAGGCGUCUCCAGCAGAAGCUGAAGAAGCAACGCCUGCAAAGAAGAAGAAGAAAUCCAAACAUCAGGAAUAGAAAGCAACAAAUCUGGUGCUUUGAAAUAGUGCUUAAGUACAUAUAUAGUUUUUA